GCAUUCGUCUUGUGGGGCACCACUGUAUGUAAAGGGACACUGCUUAAGUUGUUUCUUAGUUCUCAGUUCCUUAUUUGCGUGAAAGUAUGAACCCAAAGUAAGCUUUUUGGGAUAGCCCAUAUCCUAUAUCUAUCUACUUUUGCUUUAAUAAUAAUAAUAAUAAUAAUAAUAAUAAUAUUGGAGCCUGUUUUAUUCCAUAUGAUAUAUCUUUAUUGUCAUUGUCCCAUGCAGAACAAUGAAACUGGAAAACUACUUAAAAACUACAUAUAUAGCACAAGUGAAAUUUAUUAUUAUUAUACUUAUACACCUUUUUCCCUGGCAGGAACUCAAGGCGGUUUAUAGAUAAAGAAAUAAGAACCACUUACAACAUGGAGAAAAAUAAUUAUAAAAGUAUAUUGAUAGAAUUAAAAGCUAUAUAUAACUAUAUAAAUUUAUUUUUUAAAACUUUAUGGUUAACUUUCUGUUAUCACUUGUUUGUUAGCGGUUGCAAUGACUGUAUCCUAAACUGCCUUGGACGGAUGCUGUUUUGAAAGCCGAGGAUUAUAAAUGGAUAAAAUGAACUUCAUUUCUUUUAAACGAAACUCGAAGCGCAGCUGGAAGCAACAUAACGAGACGCUUGGAAACUGUGGCAUGUGCGCGUGCGCAUGCGCCACCUGUCCGCGCCUGCCGUUUUAUGUUCUCUACAGCCUUAAUACCAGCGCAUGCGCUGUAGUGGACGCAGCGCUCUGAGGGGACAAAAACCCUCAAAGCACUCGAGCUGAAGAGGGCGCGCGUGCGUCCAAAAAAGGUUGAUGAAGUGAAGAUUGCGCAUGCGCCACGGCAGUUUAAAAGAAAAAGCGGCUGAGAGGAAAAGAGCGCACGCGGACGGACGCAUGCGCCCUGGCGUGGGAAGGCACGUUUGAGCGGGACGGAGCGCACGCGCUUGUGGCAAUUUAACAGACAAGGCAGCUGAGAGAAUAGCGCGCGCGGAGGGGCGCAUGCGCGGAGGGGGAAAAAAAAAGGCGGUUGGAGGAGCGCGCGGGGACGCUGGUCGUCGUGGCGCCCUGAGGCGACGAUGUGGCGCGGCAAGGCGCGGGCCCUGCUAGCAGUGGGGCUCGGCAUGGCUCUCGAGGCGCUGGCCUGCUGGCUAAUAGGGCGGCUGGGUCGGUCGUCGUCGUGGUGGCGGUGGUGGCAGCGGCCGCCUUCCCCGGUACGCGAGGUGCUUUUCUUCCCGUCGCGCGUGACGUGCGUGGAGUCGCUGCUGGCGGAGGAGGAGGAGGCGGCGGCGGCGGCGACCCCGUGCGCGUGCCUGCUGCCCCACGGCGAGAGCGCGCUCGGGCGGCUCCUGGCGCGCGUACUGUCGGCGCGGCGCUCGCUGGACUUGUGCGUCUUCGCCUUCUCCAACCCGCAGCUGGGCCGCGCCGUCUGCCUCCUGCACCAGAGGGGCGUCCACGUGCGCGUCGUCACCGACACCGACUACAUGGCCCUCAAGGGGUCGCGGAUCGGCGAACUCCGGAGAGCCGGCAUCCAGGUACGUCAUGAUCAGGAUAGUGGCUACAUGCACCAUAAGUUUGCCAUCAUUGACAAAAAAAUGCUGAUCACUGGCUCCCUGAACUGGACUACUCAAGCCAUUCAAAACAACAGAGAGAACCUGCUGGUAGUUGAAGACAGGGACUGUGUGAAUCUUUUCCUGGCAGAAUUUGAAAGGAUUUGGGAGGACUACAAUCCAGCUCAUUACACAUUUUUCCUCAAAGAAGAACAGCAGGUACAGAAAAAGGAUAAAACUAUUCCUCAAACAAAAUUGCAGCUUAAAUGACUAUUUUGAAGCAGUAAAUCUUUUAGUCCAAAGACUAGUUCCUAAGUUAGGUGUUUGAGAAUGGCAUAAAUUGCUUUAGGAGUAACUAAAUGCAAAUUAUGCUCCUUUAAAAAAUUGUACAAGCAACAUAUUUGUCUGUUUGAAUUAUUUUUUGAGAAAUAGAUGGCCUGUACUUGUGUGCUAUUAUACCUUUUAAAUAAAGCAUGCCUUUUAAAUUCUAA